GUGUCCCCAUUUAUAUAUAUGAGCCUUCUCCAUCUCCGGGCUGGAUUGGAUAAAGCUAAACCCAAUAACCUGAAACCUCCGCCGAUCUCUAGGGCUUCAGCCGCCUCUCGAGCUCUAUCCUGUCAACUUCAAUCAAAAUCGAACGACAGUUUCAUCAAGCAUGAAGUUUCUGCUGCCGUUUCGGAGCUGCUUCACUUCAGAUGAUGCUGCAGUCGUCGAUGAACACAGAAAUGAGGGAUUGCCGACAAAGCAUGGCUUCCGUGUAUUCUCGUACAAGGAGAUAAAAGCCGCCACCAGCAACUUCCAUUCCUCGAACAAGAUCGGACAAGGCGGCUUCGGCUCCGUCUACAAGGGUCGGCUUCGAGAUGGCACUAUGGUGGCUGUAAAAGCGCUGUCGGUCGAGCUCGAAUCGUUGAGAGGGGAGAGAGAGUUUGUCGCUGAAAUCGCGGCACUAUCCGAUGUGAAGCAUCAGAAUUUGGUCACCCUUCGUGGAUGCUGCAUCGAGGGGGCAGAUCGAUUCCUUAUCUAUGAUUACAUGGAAAACAGUUGCCUCGCCCGCUCCUUUCUCGCCGAGGAGCAGACCAGGAAAAAGUUUGAUUGGGACGUCAGGCGGAAUAUCUCAAUCGGUAUUGCCCGUGGCCUUGCAUAUCUCCAUGAGGAGGUUCGGCCCUAUAUCGUCCACAGGGACAUUAAGGGUGGAAACAUACUUCUGGACAGAAAUUUCACGCCCAAAGUUGCAGAUUUUGGUCUGUCGAAGUUGCUUGGGGACAACAUAAGCCACGUUAGCACCCGGGUCGCGGGCACGCUAGGAUAUCUCGCUCCAGAGUAUGCCAUCAGUGGCCACUUAACGAGGAAAUCAGAUGUUUACAGCUUCGGUGUGCUGUUGCUGGAAAUUAUCACGGGAAGACCAGUUGUUGCGUUCGAUUUAGAAAAUGGGGAGCACCACCUAGUCCAAAAGGUGUGGGAGGUCUACAGGAAAGGCACACUCGUGAAGAUAGUCGAUCCGGUCCUCGUCAAAGGCUACCCCGAAGAAGAGGCGGUUCGGUUCCUGAAGGUGGGCCUGCUCUGCGUGCAGGAAGCUGCUAGAUUCCGGCCAAGGAUGUCGGCUGCUCUUAAGAUGCUGACUGGCGAGACGGAUGUGGUGGAUGUCAAGAUAUCGCAGCCCACUCAUAUCGUCAAUCUCAUGGACAUCCACAUUGAAGAUCGGAAGUCGAACCAGAGCAUCUUCUCCAAGGAAUCAGACUCCCCAACCGCUGCUUUGUGAUUUAGUAUAUAGCUUCACGAGCCCAGUGAAUUAAUGCAGAAAAGAUCCCUGUCAGUUUUGGGAGCGCCACGUUGUUGUAAAUCCGAGGUAGUUAGACGUCCCGAGGGUGUGAGACGGGGAGUGAGUGACCUAAGGUUCGACGGCAUUGAGCUGGAAUCGUUCUCGUCAUGGCGAUGCACAGAUUGGUUGAUGAAUUCAUCCAAAGCCGAGUCAAAUUCGAUUGAUUCUGUUGUACAUGGAGUUCUUUAAUGCAGAUUUCGUGUAUCCGUGAUCAUUCCA